CUCUCUCUCUCUCUCUCUCUCUCUUCCUCAGCCUCUAUAAAUUCUAGAUUUUCUUUGCACAAAAGAAAUGAAUGCAACAAAAACCCCAAAGUGACUAUAGAAUCAGAGACAUAUAGAGGAAGAAAUAUGAAGUACUCCAUUAAGAAGCCAAAAAUGAUCAUCCUUGUUCCAUAUCCAGCACAAGGACAUGUCACUCCCAUGCUAAAGCUGGCCACCACUUUCCUCACUAGAGGAUUUCAGCCAGUGAUUGUCACUCCGGAGACCAUUCACCGGCAAAUUUUGUCACCCGGAAUCAAAGCCAACGAUAAGAUUCUUUUCAUGCCCAUACCGGACGGCAUGGAUGAGCGAACACCCCGUGACUUCUUCACCAUAGAAGCAGCCAUGGAAAACAACAUGCCUAGGCAUUUGGAGCGUCUUGUGGUUGAGCUUGAGGAAGAUGGUGAGGUUGUUUGUAUGGUUAUCGACUUGCUGGCUUCGUGGGCCAUCGGAGUAGCCAACCGGUGUGGGGUUCCGGCCGCCGGAUUUUGGCCUGCCAUGCUUGCUACUUACCGGCUUAUCUCUGCCAUACCGGACAUGGUCCGUGCAGGCCUAAUUUCCGAAACAGGACUUCCACAACAUCUGGGUAUGGUUUCCUUUUUGCCUAACCAGCCUCCACUUUCCACUGAGGAGCUUCCAUGGCUGAUAGGCACUCUUGCUGCAAGAAAAGCAAGAUUCAAAUUCUGGACCAGAACUCUAUCUAGAUCAAGAACCCUUCAAUGGCUUCUCGUCAAUUCCUUCCCCGAAGAAUAUUACAUCGAGGACGACGAAAAGCAAAGCCAGUUGCUCAAGAGCUCCAACAAUGGAGAUGGUCAUCAUCUUCCACUUGCUCUACCAAUUGGUCCUCUAUGCAACCAUUCUUCAGAUACCAUAAACCCAAGCUUCUGGGAAGAAGAUAUGAGCUCCAUAGAGUGGCUAGACCAUCAAAAACCCGGCUCGGCUAUAUAUGUCUCUUUCGGGAGCUGGGUUAGUCCUAUUGGAGAAGCCAAAGUGAAGAGCUUGGCUAUGGCACUUGAAGCUUUGGGGAAGCCAUUUCUAUGGGUUCUACGGGAUUCAUGGCGUUCAGGUUUACCAAUUGGGUACUUGGAGAGGGUCUCAAAGCAAGGGAAAGUGGUUUCUUGGGCUCCUCAAAUGGAGGUUCUUAAACAUAAAGCAGUUGGUUGCUAUCUAACACACUGUGGAUGGAACUCAACAAUGGAGGCUAUUCAGUCUCAGAAAAGGCUUCUUUGCUACCCUAUUGCUGGUGACCAGUUUUUGAAUUGUAGCUACAUAGUCAACGUGUGGAAGAUUGGUGUGGAAAUUAAUGGUUUUGGAGAGAAAGAUGUUGAGGAUGGAGUUAGGAAGGUUAUGGAGGAUAAACAGAUUGGUAAUAGGUUGAGGAAGAUGUAUGAGAGGAUAAUGGGUGAUGAAGCUUGUUCUAGAGUUAUGUCUAAUCUCACUGCAUUUUUGGAUAAUGUCAAGGAUGGAAUAAUACACAAGUGUCCAAUCAACGAUAUGUGUUCAUGAAAUUAAUUUAUUUGUAUUUUGUUUUAUCGAUGUGGCAAAAUUUAUACAACCAAUAUGGUAUAAGCAUUUUGUUGUAUGUUCCAAAAAUUAGCUAUUAAAAAUAUUAUUUUUCAUCA